UGGUUGACCCCUUCCCCUUUUGCACUCUGCAGGUAUGACUCAGGACGGGAUGGAUAUAUCGACCUGAUGGAGCUGAAGCUCAUGAUGGAAAAGCUGGGAGCCCCACAGACCCACCUGGGGCUGAAGAACAUGAUCAAGGAGGUGGAUGAAGACUUUGAUGGAAAGCUCAGCUUCCGUGAGUUCCUGCUGAUUUUCCAUAAAGCUGCAGCUGGGGAACUCGAGGAGGACAGCGGCCUGUUGACUCUUGCGAAGCUCUCGGAGAUAGAUGUAUCCAUUGAGGGAGUCAAAGGAGCCAAGAACUUCUUUGAAGCUAAGGCUCAAGCCCUCUCCUCAGCCAGUAAGUUUGAAGCAGAGAUAAAAGCUGAGCAGGAUGAGCGGAAGCGGGAAGAGGAGGAAAGGAAGCACCGCCGAGCAGCUUUCAGGGAGUUAAAGUCUGCAUUUACCCAGUAAGCAACCAGCCAAUAUGCACUCUGAAAUUGCACAUGACUUGGUACGUUUCCCAGAUCAGGGCUCUGCCUGGACAGAACUGCUUGGAUCCUGCAUAAAACUCAUCACAGUUUUGCUAGUCUUCCUUUCCUGAAGAUCCUCCUGAGCUCCUAAGGGCACAACUCUUGCAGUUACUAUGCAUUCAUGAUGAUGUGAAUAGUAGAAGCUGUGUACAGGCUGUUUGCUCUGAACUGUUACGAGCACAUCACCCUAAAGCAGAAAUAGCAAGUAGCAGAUCAUGGGUGAGCACUGACAAGCGUCAUGUUUGCCUACUUCAUUCUUUCCUAUGCAUCCUUUUUCUCUUAAUCCUGUAUUAAUUCAUUCCUUGCUUACAGGCAAGUAGUGAGGUCUUGUGUAAAUCAGGGUGUACAAAGCACAGCUUGAUUUCUGUAUGUUUGUACUGCUGUUGGGUGUUGUCACCCUUUUCUUAUUCCUAAAGCCCCGUGCCACAGGCACCGUGAAAACACUGUGAAGAGAGAAAGAUAAUUACUAGGGACAUGGAUCAAAUUCACUAUCAUUUUCUGUAGCAUUUUCUGCCACCCAGCAUGUUGAAGAGUCUUCCAGUUUCUCUUCUCUGAAGUGCCAUAGUAACAAACCCUUCAAUAAGAGGCGAGAUUUCCCAAGACUUCAAAGGGAAGAAGCUGGCUCUCUUAGACAAGGAAUAGAAAACUGAGUUGCCUGACCAUUUAUCUUCUUUCACAUUCCAUCACAUUUAGUGUACUGUACAGCUUCACUGUUAUUUUCCAGCUUAGGCAGCUGUAUCUGUUUUUAGGGGGUAUUGUCAGCUGGACAGUGCAAUUGGAUGGCACACUGGGGUUUUCUAUUUAGAAAUUUGCUCAUAGCCUGUAUCAUAAAGGUGACAUUGUUUCAUUUCAUUCGAGGCACAACAGAGAACACCAGCACAGCACACUGAGCAACCCCUGCUCAGAGAACAGGGAGGUGAGCACAUUUAACUGAACUGCAUUUUGAGGGCUUGCAUUACACUAUUAGCCAUUUUUUCUUGGAAGCACAGGAAACUUGCUCACAAAUGUUGAGAUGCCCAGUGCUUGUCUGGAUAUAAACACUGUCAGUUAUGGCAGGGGAACUUCCCCUUAGAGACCUUUCUCAAGACAUGGAUUUGUUCAAAUUCUGCCUCCGCUCUUGCCCAAAUUUGUGGCAAAAUGUUAAUUUUUUUCCAGAAUGAAACUCACCAGUCAUCUUUUCACUUGUCUGUUUUGCUUCUAAAAUUGUGAGCACUAAACUGUGAGCAUGGAAUAAUAAAUAGAAAAACCUCUCCUCUUUAAUGUCAGGUGAAAGAAUUGCUAAACGAUUAAACUGUGUAUAUAUCUUCACAGAUUAUAUUUUAUAAAUCACGCUUUUUUAGCUAAAUAUUUAUAAUUAAAUGUUUUUAUACUUUACAACAAAGCAGAUAAUUUCAUCUUCAAUUAUUUCUCCUGUUGCUGAAAUGUAAAAAUAAAGCAUUGUUAUCUCCA